AUGGAUGGUACAUUUAGUGCUGCUCCAUCAUUUAACCGGGAGUGUCAACAGCUUUAUGUUAUAAUGGGUAUAACAUUUAACACCGGUUUCCCAAUAGCAUUUGCAUUGAUGUCAAGAAAGACAGUGAGGGCGUAUAAUGCUUUGUUUAAAAGGUUGUUAGAAAUUGAGCCACAAUGGACACCACAAACAAUUAUUGUGGAUUUUGAAAGAGCCGCAAUGGUUUCAUUGAAAACAAUUUUUAAUAAUGUUUCAAUAAGGGGAUGCUGGUUCCAUAGCUCUCAAGCUCUGUGGAGAAAAGUAGGGGAAUUCGGAAUGAUAGAAAUGUGUACUGGACAUCGAGGUGUGUACGACAUUAUUCAUAUGUUAAUGGCAUUACCGCUGUUGCCUAUGGAUAAAGUGAUGGAAGGUUUUGUCUCUAUAAUAGAUUUUUAUUCAGAAAAUGUCGAAAAUAAUUUACAAGAGGAAAGCUGUAGAAAAUUUGAUAGAUAUUUUCAAUAUUAUAAAUCAACAUGGCUCCAAGGACCAAAUGCAGAUAUCUUGUCUGUGAAUGAUGUUAUUUGGCGAACAAAUAAUGUAUUAGAAGUUAGCCAUCAACACCUUCGUAUGCACAUGGGUAAUAUGCAUCAACCAGAACCAUGGGUGUUUUUAA